UACAAGAGAUGACCUGAGACUGCGGACAGUACAGGAGAUGACCAGAGACUGCAGACAGUACAGGGGAUGACCAGAGACUGCAGACAGUACUGGGGAUGACCAGAGACUGCAGACAGUACAGGGGAUGACCAGAGACUGCAGACAACAGUACAGGGGAUGACCAGAGACUGCAGACAUAGUACAGGGGAUGACCAGAGACUGCAGACAGUACAGGAGAUGACCAAGAGACUGCAGACAGUACAGGGGAUGACCAGAGACUGCAGACAGUACUGGGGAUGACCAGAGACUGCAGACAGUACAGG